AUGUACGAAGAGAAGAAAGUGGGCGAAGAGCUGGCGCCAGUGCCAACAACAGACUUCGGCGACGUCCAGGACUACCCAAAGACGGAUGCCACGCACGAUGCCGUCUUCGGAGAGAUCAAUGAGGAUGGUCCCAACUACCGCGACGUUGGCUGGAUGGGUACCGUCAUCCUCAUGAUGAAGACACAGAUCGGUCUGGGUGUGCUCGGUAUUCCAUCAGCACUGCAUACACUUGGCAUGGUUCCGGGCGUCAUCAUCCUGAUUGUUGUUGCAUGUAUGACCACUUGGAGUGGUUACAUGGUUGGCAAAUUCAAGCUGUUACAUCCGCACGUCUAUGGUAUCGACGAUGCUGGUGCGAUCUUUGGUGGACGCAUCGGCCGGGAGAUCCUGUGGUUUGGCUUUGUCAUCUACUUCCUCUUCCUCUCUGCCUCAGCUAUGCUUGGUAUUUCGAUCGGCUUCAACGCCUUGUCAGUCCAUGGUGCUUGCACGGCUAUCUUCGUAGCAGUCGCAGCCAUAAUCGGUAUGCUCUUCGGCAGUAUCCGAACUCUCGGAAAGGUCUCCUGGAUCGCAUGGGCUGGCGUUGGUGGUAUCCUGACUGCAGUAUUCGCACUCACGAUUGCGGUCGGUGUGCAAGAUCGUCCUUCGGAUGCUCCUCAAACUGGCCCAUACAAGAGCGAUUCCCGGUUCAACGUGAUUAGCGACCCGACUUUCGAAGAGGCUAUCUCUGCUGUCGCGACAAUCGUUUUUGCUUUCGCAGGAAGUCCGGCUUUCUUCUCGAUUAUCUCGGAGAUGAGGAAUCCAAAGGAUUACACCAAGUCGCUCAUCAUCGCCCAGGCAGGUGUCACGCUUGUGUACCUCGUGAUCGGAAUCGUGGUGUACUACUACUGUGGUUCUUACGUCGCAUCGCCCGCGCUUGGCUCAGCUGGUCCGUUGAUGAAGCGCGUGUGCUACGGUAUUGCGCUGCCCGGUCUCAUAGCAAGCUGCAUGCUUUUCGUCCACUUGCCUGCCAAGAGCAUCUUCAUGCGCGUGAUGCGCGGCUCCAAGCAUUUGACCGCGAACACUGCCGUCCAUUGGUUGACCUGGUUGAGCUGCACCGGUGGUGUCGUUAUCGUUGCCUAUCUGAUCGGCAGUGGUAUUCCAGUUUUCGAUGGACUGAUCUCCCUUAUCGGUGCACUGCUGGCCACAUUCAUGUCAUUCCAGCCGAUGGGUUGCAUGUGGCUGUACGACAACUACAAGCGCAGUGUCUCGGAACGCGACGCGAAGUGGUAUGGCCAAUUUGCCUGGGUUGUCUUCAUCAUCACUGCUGGAACUUUCGUCAUGAUUGCUGGGACAUACGGCGCAGUCGUUGGAAUCAUCAACUCGUCGGACCGCACAGCUCCUUGGUCGUGCGCGGAUAACUCAAACUCCGUGAAAUAA